AUGAGCCAGGAAAAAGGGAAUAUAUAUGAAACACCAAAAGAACAAAAUGACAGAAUAAAUCAAAUUAAUGAAAAAGAUAAUAAUCAAUUUAACAAUAUAAUAGACAAACAAGAAUUACAAUUUCAUAAUACCCUUAGUAAAUGCGAAGAAUUAUUAAACAGAUUAAAUAUUAAUAAUAAACAUGAAGAAUUUUGUAAAAAAGGAAUGAAUAUGAAUGAAUUAAACACUGCAAAAAAAAAAGUUGAACAAUCAAUUAAAGAAAGCAAAGAAUCUUUAAGAUUAAAUGAUUACAAUGAACAUAAGCUUAGUGAAUUAUUAGAAAAUUGUUUGAAACAUACUAAUGAAUGGUUAAAAGUUAUGCAAAAAAUUAAAAAAGAUAUUGAUAUAAAUAGCCUAACCAAAUGCUCUAGUAAUUCAUUUUGUAAUUCAAGUAUUCAAUCUGAAUAUGACUUUGAACGGCCUACUAUAAUAGUAAAGGAAAUAAAAAGAAACCUUAAUGAGUUAACAGAAUAUAUGUGUAAUAUAAAUAAUAAGGUUAAGAAAAAUAAAUGUAAACGUUCGCAAGAAAUGACGACACUAAAGAAUACAAAUUUUAGGUUGACAAAAUUAUGUGACAUAAUUGCAAAGAAAAUAAGUGAUGACCGAUGA